UUUACACUUGACGUUGAACUAAACUCUAAAAAAAUGUUUUUGCUUAUACUAGUUCUAAUUUUGGUGAUUUUCUUCAAUAUUUUGUCGAAUUUUACCCAAAUAAUUUCAAAACAACUGAGUAAGCAGAUAUACCCUGUUUGUGAUUCAGAACUGAACAUAAGAUCACAGAUUAAAGAUCUGAAGACAGAACAGAAUGGUGUACAGAUGGCAGAUGAGUUUGCCAGACAUGCUAAGAUACAGAGGAGAAUUGAUAAAUUAUUAACUCAAGUUAAACAACAAACCUCAGAUAGAAACAACAAAUGUACUAUGGUUGGUUUUGCUGUACAAAUUGGCAUCUAUGUUUUACAUGCAUUAGUAAUGAUUUCAUUAAUGAUAUCCUACAGACAAGAACCAUUAUUACAAUUCCAACCAGAAUGGUUUUAUCCAUUACAGAAAAUAGUAGCAUUUCCCACAGGUGUUUCAGGAGGAUUAGGUAUUGGAUGUUGGGUGUUAAUUUGUAAUUCUGUCAUAUACAGAAUAAAAAUGUUUAUAGAAUGAUGUUUUAGUGCCACAAGACUGGUGUUCAAAGAAUCCAUGUGCCAUUGACUGUAGUGAGAAGAAAUACCAUGGUCAAAGAUUUCAGAAAAAUAUAGUGUAAAUUAUAAGAUUUAUUCUAGUCAGAGACAGGAGGAAUACCUUUAGUUUACUGAAAAAGAUUUCUAAAAUGGAAAUGUCAAGACAAAACUAGCUAAACGUUACAUAUCAAUUUGAGAUUUCUGUUGUAGAGAGAAUAAUAACACAUGUUAUUUUCUUGCCCAUAUGUUUUAGUUUAAAAAUUUGAGAUAGAAUUUUGGUUUUGACAUUUUUAACAAUGUUAUCAAAUGUACAGAUUGGUUGUCUCCCUUAUACCUUUCUUUUAAACAAUGAAGAACAAAACAUGUAAUCAAUUGUUAACUGUUUGAAUAAUAUGUUGUUACUCAAUCAGUUUGUGUUCUAUUAUGAUAUGCAUAUAUAUUUGUGUAUUUAUUAACUGAUAUUUGACUGGAAAUUAAGCUCUGUACCUGCCAAUGUAUAUUUAUAGAAACAAUGCAUGCUCAAUAAUUGACAAAGUUUGAAUUCUAAAAGAUACUUGUUUGUUAUUGACUAGUUAGGUAGAAUUGUUAUUUAUAUAUAAAUGCUUUCAAAUAUGA